AUGGGUCGGGACGACCACACAUGCUUUGCGACGUUUUUCGACGCCGACGUGGCGGUUAUCCCACUGAUAUCGAGGACCUCGAUCCGGCACGCCGACCCGCAGACAGUGAAGGAGUGGCACUGCGACGAGUCGAUCCGCGUGCUGAAGUUUUUCCGGACCGCUGUUCUGGCCGGGCUGCGGCGCGAGGGUAGGAAAUGGGAGUGGGCGAAGCCGUCCGAAGACGAGGUGCAGGAGAGGCUCGCCGACUGCGACGAACCCCUUCGAGAUAAAAUUCCCGAUACCGUCCGGGACUCGGACGCGGGCUCCGGCCUGCUAGCAAUGAGCGCGUUGAUCUGGGUUGUGAGGCGGUUCCAGCGCCUGACCGGCGACCUCCGUCGCAUUGCCACCAGCAUGGACAAGCCCACCGUCUCGGGGUUGAAGGCGCUGCGGAACGAGAUGGUAGCCCUCAUCAAGAAGCAAGUCCCGCUCAUACGGUCGGGGAAAACCGUUGUUGCUGCCGACGCCUGUGACGACGACGGCGAGGAAGUCCAUUCUGCAUCCGUACCAGUAGGGGUCGCCCCGAACGUCGCUGAUGCGCGUGGCAAGUCGGGAGUCGGCGUCGACGAGGCCGAUGCGGCCGCAGGAAAGGGGGUGACCGGGACUGAGGUUGUUCACGGGGAUGAUGAUGGGGUCCAGGAUCGCGAGGAGGAACGUGAGGGUGAGGGGGGCUCGGAGGAGUCGUCGGGGUCGAGGUCGGGGUCGGGAUCGGGCUCGAAGUCGGAGUCGGAGGAGGAGCAGGAGCAGGAGACGCAGGAGCACGAGAGGCAGCACUAG